GGCAAACAAUUUACCAGCAGUUGAGAAUCGCAAUUCGCGUGCUACGCGAGCGUGCUAGACUGGUUUUUUUACUAGACCCUUAUCUCGUUUUUAGCUGCAUUGGUCCCCAGAUGAUAGCUGCAUACUGCAUUCAUUCUAUUCUCUAUUGUUUUGCUCCAGUUUCCACUUUCCUCACCCCACGUCUAACCAACGUCACGCGUGUAGGGUACCUAGACCUACACUCAUUGUACGCAGAAGGCAAUAACCCUACCUUGGAAUAUAUUUUCUCCCUUCUCAAUACUGGAAGUAGUGUCAGUCCGUGGUAACCGAUCGAAUAGUCACAACUUAUCAUCGCGUUCGUUUUUGUACCUACCUAUCAUUUUUUCAUAGCCUAAAUGUACGUAAAGGAAGUGACUCAAGUGCGCUGUGUGAUAACAAAAAAUUCUGGUGUCGGCAGUAGUGAACGCUUGAGUGCUGAACUUAUAUUUUUACUUCUACACCUGUAACGUUAUCUAUUUACCUAUUUAUGUAUUUGCCGAACCAGUUAACUUACAUAGAUACAGUUCAAGUGUUUCUACGAUGCGCUCACAACUUACUUGUAUCGCUCUGAGCCUCUGAGUUCAAAUGCUGGAGCGUGUGAGAUUGCGUAAUGAGUGAUUUAUGUGUGAACGCGUUCGGUUUAAUAGUACUUAUAGUUUUAUAAUUUCUCGACGAAAUAAGACGUCUCUCUUCGCGUGUACUCAACUGUUUGUUUACCAGCUGUGGUGUUCUCAGAGUUCAAGUCAUGAAUCUUCGAAGCAGACAUAUGCUUGACGUUGAAGAAAUUCACAACAGAUUAAAAUCCAAUCAUCACUCAGAAAGAAAGAGUAAAGUUCGUAAAAAGAUGAAAAACAUCGAUAGUGUUGGAGUGUUGCUGCACAGAAUACAUGCUGCUAAUGAUGGCGUUUACGAAGCAGCAGAAGAUUUAGUCACAAGUAGAAGAAAAUACCACGAGAUUAAAACUAAGCUACGAAAUAUAAUCGCAGAAAAAGACCAAAUACGAGAAGAUAUUUGCCAAAGGAGAGAUAACUUGCAGAGAGUCACUUCGGAAUUGCAUAAAGCUGUAUCAGAGUUGAAAACUAGGGAUAUAAGUGAUUUAAGUGAGAAAGAGGCUGUAAUUGUGCAACUCAACUCGUGGCUAGUCGAAGAAGAUGUCAUUGAAGCGUGGAAACAUAUAGGUUAUGCUGAGGAAGAUUUAAAAGAGAAUUCCUGUGAGAUGAAGGGUUCAAAAAGAAAUAUUCGUUCACUGAAUUCGGUUUCCCUUCCUAAUGUCUUUUCUAAUAGCACCAUUUCAGUGAUCGGAUCAAUAAAUAUUAGUCGAAAUAAAUGCUGUAUUUGUCUGGAACAAAGAGUAAACGCUGUGUUAUACAAAUGUGGCCAUACUUGCAUGUGCUUUGACUGUGCAACCAAAUUAAUGGAUACCAAAAAAUGCCCCGUUUGCCGAAGUGAGAUUAUUGAUGUGAUUAAGACAUAUUUAGCUUAGCUAAGCUAAAUUUAUUUACACUACUUAUGAAAAUAAUUUUUUUCAUUUGCUAUAACGGUAACCUUGGUUGAUAUCUUUAAGUUAGAGCUGUACAACAACCGGAAUUCGGAAACUCGGAUUUUAAGCAUCGGAGUUUCCGAAUACCCGGUUGUCAACCGGAUUCCAGGAAUCCUUUGUUUUUUUUUUACUGUUUCUGUGACUUUUUUUUGGAAUUCGAAUCUCUGCGUUGGAAAAGUCACAGAAACAGUAAAAAAACAAUGGAUUCGGCGAAUCCGGGUGUCAUCAGGUUAAUCGGUUAAAGCAGUAUCCGGAUGGCAUAUUCCGAUUUCAUUCCGAUUAUCCGGUUGUUGUACAGCACUACUUUAAGUAGUGUGUUUUAUGAAAUAUUUUUCAUUUUGUACAGUGUUAAUGUUGAAUUUUAUUAUUUUUAUUUUUGUAAAAUUGAUUUUUUUUUUACAUUGAUUGUAUUUUCAACGAUUAUAUUAUGUGAAUUUUGGUUUUUACAUUA